GCAGCCUCCGGAGCGCAGGGCGGGGCGACGCCGCGCAGCAGCAGCAGCAGCAGCAGCAGCUUCAGCUUCAUCACCGCUGACCGACACCGAUCUCCUGCUCAUCUUCAGGCCGCGGCAUGGACCCCGGAGCCCGGCCCGUUUCCUCGGAAUCACUGCGGGUCCGGUUCGAGCUGCGGUCCGUUUGGAUGAUGAAAACAGCGACGAUGGUGAUGAAGAUGAAGGCGGCGAGCAGUUAGAGCUGCGGAGCGGACGCGAACCGCAGACUGAAUCCGUGCGCCGAGCGGGAGCAUCGCGCUCCGAUGCAGCAGAAAAAUCGCCAUUGUUUGGAUGCGCAGCAGACUGGGAGGAAAAACCCGGACCUUACGGAAACCGUUUGACCGAGAGGCGCCAUGCUUUCACCGCUUCUUCUUACGGUGUGUCUGCACUGGUUUAUCCAGGGUUCGUCGGCGUUCCAGGUGUCGGUGAGCGACGAGGGUUUGAUCGUGGCGACUCUGGAGCGUUCGGACCUGCGGCAGAACGGCACGGCGUACGCCGCUCAGAUCUCCGGAGAGCCGCGACCGAUCCUGGUUCAGUUUGUGAACACCGGCGAGCCUCUGCUGUUCAACGCGUCGUUCCACGGUCUCUGCUACACUGUGGGACUGCUGGUCAAACUGGGACGGACCUGGUCCAGACCCAUAAAGACCGUAUCCGUUCUGACAAAGCCUCUUCCCGUCCGCAGUGUUCAGAUAUCGGACUACAAGGAGUCUCCGGAGACCGGCGUGGUGUUCGAAAUCGAUCCUCCGGCCGGAAACGUCUUCAGCAGAGUCAACAUCAGCUACACCGAGGGACAAGAGCGGCGAUCCAUGCUCUAUAAAGAUUUCUACAAAGGGAAGACCGUGUUCAAGCACUGGUUGCCGGGGGUGUGUUACCGUAACAUCACCUUCCAGCUGAUCUCCGAGGCCACCGUGUACCAGACUGCCAUGGUCGCACAGAGUGACAUCACACACGCACCUGUGCACCACAGGACAGUGCCCUACCCCCCCCUCAACGUUUCCCGUAAGAUCGUCCACCUGAGCCAGAGGGCUGGGCCGGGUGGAGCCCCCACCGCGGUCCCCCCCGAGGGGAGCCAGGAGAGCGGGCGAGCCUCCCGUCGAGCCCGGGACGUCCCGCUGAUGGAGGAGCAGGAGGAGGAGAUGCACGCCGAGGAGAACACCUCCGACGAGGGGGCGGGGGUUUCCACUCAGAUCCCCCUCGACCCGCCGCAGGACCCGCCAGGAACCGCCACCGUCGCCCCCAGCGCGGACCGGACGACGGAGGCCGAGACCCGGAGCUACUGGCUGGAUCCGACUGACCUGCCUCUCGCCGACAGAGAGGAGGAGUUCGUUAAUGCCGUGGUGUCGGAGUACGAGGACUCCAACGAGCCGGGUUCGGCCAUGGGUCUCCCCUCCGAACCCUCCGUCCUGCCCACGAAACUGCCCCCCGUCCUGCUGGAGCUGCGCUGGCUGCCGCCCAGACCCCCGACCAGUUACGACGGCUUCAACAUCUACAUCUACAGAGAUGGCAACUCUACGGAAACGGCGACCGUGGAUGAAAACACUCACGAGUUUUUCACCGAGCUGACGGCGCCGGGAACGUACCGAGUCCAGGUCGCCGCGCUGAGUUCGUCUGGAGACUGCGAGGCCAGAGAGAGUGCCGCCGACACCGGCUUCACCUUCUACCUCAGUCCCGGUGGGGAGCUGCUGGAGGAGCUGCAGGAGCGUCCUCAGGCCGUCAGCGUCCGACUGCUGGACUCCAGCACCGCCGCCGUCUCCUGGGCUCUGUCCUCCGAGGACCACAACGGCAGCCUGGUGUCGGUGGUUUCUACGACUUGCCUGAAACCCAGCCUGAGCCAGAGGAUGGAGAACACCUACUGCGGCGAGGAAAACUCGACGAGUGACAUUAUUACAAACCUGACCCCUGGGGCUCAGUACAGGGUGGUGGUUUAUCACACCAACGGACCCCUGAUCAGUCCUCCGUCUGAACCCGUCAUCAUCGAUAUAGAGCCCACCGGCGUCCGCGAGCUGGCUGUUUACCCCCUGAGUCCGACGGCGGUGAUCCUGAGCUGGCAGCGGCCGUACCACGUCGCCUUCCGAAAGUACAUCCUGCAGACCUUCUUCUUCAACCCUGUCACCCUGGCCUCGGAGUGGACCACCUACUACGAGAUCGCCGCCACCGCCUCCGUCAUCGCUUCCGUGAGAGUGACUGACCUGCUGCCGGCGUGGUAUUAUAAUUUCCGUGUUUCCAUGGUGACGUGGGGCGACCCGCCGCUCAGCUGCUGCGACAGCUCCACCGUGAGCUUUGUUACAGCUCCUGAGGCUCCUCACAUCUCCUCAGUGGAUUACUCUCACGGCGUUUUGUACGUUCGCUGGACUUACGGUGAACUCUUCAUCGACCUAUCGCACUCCAGGAUGCUGCACUGGCAGGUGGUCGCUGUUGGCAGGAAAGGACCCGAGAAGAGCUACUCCAUCGAUGUGACUCGUAACGUGAUGCGGGCCAGCCUCCCUCUACCCCCAGGUGACAUCUACAACCUGACGGUGACGGCCUGCACCGAGCGCAGCAGAAACACCUCCAUGCCAAACAUCAUCAAACUGGAGCCGGCUCCCCCCAGGUCUCUGUACGCCGUUAACGCAACUCCCUCGUCCGUGACUCUGCUGUGGACCGAGGACGGAGUGGUCGACUACUACCAGGUCCUCUGCAGACCCAACAAAGCAAGCAAGGAGCUUAAGGCGCGGGAGCCUCAGAUGGCCAGUUCUCACGUGGUGACAGUUUCUGGUUUGAUGCCCUCGUCCACCUACAACUGCACCGUCACCAGCUUCAGCUACAGCACGCCCAGCAAACCUGCACACAUCGCCAUCACCACCGUGGCUAAAGAAAUGAACCCGAGCGUAGCGGCGAUCUCGGCUCUGGCCGUCCUCAGCAUCCUGCUCAUCAGUCUGCUGGUUCUGUUCCUGCUCGUUCUACGCAAGAAACACCUGCAGAUGACCAGAGAGUGUGGAGCAGAGACUUUCGUCAAUUUCGCUUCAUUUGAAAGAGACGGAAAACUCCCUUACAACUGGCGAAGAAGCCUCUUUGCCUUCCUUACCCUACUGCCAUCCUGCCUUUGGACUGACUAUCUUUUGGCUUUUUAUAUUAAUCCUUGGAGCAAGACAGCUUUAAAGAAACGGAAGCUAACAAGCCCGGUGCAGCUGGACGACUUUGACGCCUACUUCAAAGAAAUGAGCAAAGACUCAGCCUACAAGUUCUCCCUGCAGUUUGAGGAGCUGAAGAGCGUCGGUCUGGAUCUGUCUCAUGACGCAGCCGACCUGCCCGUCAACAGACCCAAGAACAGAUACACCAACAUCCUCCCAUACGACUUCAGCCGGGUGAAGUUGAUCUCGAUGCACAACGACGAAGGUUCAGACUACAUCAACGCCAACUACAUACCGGGCUACAAACACGCUAAAGAGUACAUCGCCACUCAGGGCCCGCUGCCUGAGACCCGCAAUGAUUUCUGGAAGAUGGUUCUGCAGCAGAAGUCUCCCAUCAUCGUCAUGCUCACCCAGUGCAACGAGCGACGGAGGGUGAAGUGUGAUCACUACUGGCCGUUCACAGACGAACCUGUGCUGUACGGAGAGAUCAGCGUGGAGAUGCUCUCCGAGAACGAGGCUCCGGAGUGGACCAUCAGGAAGUUCAGACUGGGAUACGCCGACGAGACUCAGGACGUCCUCCACCUGAACUACACCUCGUGGCCGGAUCACGGCGUCCCCACGGUCAACGCCAUCGAGAGCAUCCUGCAGUUCGUCCACAUCGUCCGUCAGCAGGCCAACCGGAUCAAAGACCCCAUCGUAGUCCACUGCAGCGCCGGAGUCGGCAGGACCGGGACCUUCAUCGCUCUGGACCGACUGAUGCAGCACAUCAGAGAACACGAGUUCGCCGAUAUCCUGGGCAUGGUGUCUGAAAUGCGAUCGCACCGCCUGUCCAUGGUCCAGACUGAGGAGCAGUACGUGUUCAUCCAUCAGUGUGUCCUGUUGAUGUGGCAGAAGAAGAAGCAGCAGUCCAUCACCUCUGAUGUCAUCUACGAGAACGCCAGCAAGACAUAAUGACGAGCCUCCUCCAGAGGCUGUGAACACGCCCAACCUCCUGUGCUUCAGGCAUCCAUUCUCUGCAGAAGAAGAAGAUCCGCUUCAUCAUCAGUAUCAAAACACAAAACAGCCGAACAUCUCGACGACAAGAGGGGAAAAAAGAAAAGAAAAAAUCUAGUUUUUUUUUUUUUUUGAAUUGGUGUUAAAGCAUGGGAUGGAGAUUUGCCUUAAGGAGCCUUCACCGACUGACCAACAUGUUCAACCCCAACCUGCCCUCUGAACUGGACCGAUGCACGUCAACGUGGGGUCGGAGGAGUGUUAACCGGCUCCGUCUGCCGAUCGGCUGUCUACGCUGCGACCGUCCUCGUUCGGACGACGCGAAGCGACGAGUCGGCAGAACCGAGUCGGCGGUUUUUCGUUUUAUUUAUGUUUUUUAAUCUCAGGAGUCGCUGAAAAACCAGCAAGCACACUGGCCUCUUCCUCCGCUUCGUAAGUCAUUUUUCAUUCGUUAGUGUUAGUUUUUGCAUUCGCCGUCCCGGCCGUUUGCGACGUUACACACUGCCAAACAUGGGACGAUGACACGCUGAUCAUUAAAAACGCCGACUGCUCUAACGUGUCAAGCAACCGCCAGGACGGCUGCCCAGAAAUAGAACCCAGCAAGCAUUCGACGAAGGAUGACGUUUGGCCCAACAAUGAGCACAAGGUUUUUAUGUUUCGGCACAAUGACGCUGGUUUUUUUUUUUUAGUCAAACACUCGGAGGUUCGACUUUCAGUCCUGGUGGAAGGUGCCGACAUCCGCGACCUUUGGUGAAACAAAUAGAUCCGCGGUCACGUCACCUUUUAGGAAAAAACGUUGCUGCAGUUUGAACGUCCUGAACGUUCCAGAUAUCGGCUUCAGAGCAGCGUCCGCAGAACAUUUGGGUCCUGGUUUCACUAAAUGCUGCUCGACUACAUCGGCGUCCAAAUUUUUUGUUCCGUCCCGUCGCAUCGACAUCGAACGUCCGCAUGUUUGCUGGGUCUGCACGAACGAAGGCCUUCCCGUGGAAACGGGCGCCUCGUGCUGCCGUCCCGUCGCUACCCGGCGUGUUAGAGGCCAGUUUAGACGCUAGAGACUGUGGUUGUAGAGCUGUAGUUUGUAUUUGCACUGAGGCCUCGGAGCCGCCUGACCCACUGACAGAAGAAGGGAAGAGCUUCUGCUGCUUCUGCCCACGGAGGAGCAACUGUGCAGCCGUGUCGCUCGGUAUUGGUCCCGUCCUGUGCACCGGGGGCUCUUUUUCUAACCAAGGAUGUGGGUUAACUUUAAACUACUGUGGAGGUUUGUGAUCUCGCCGGCUGCAACAAUCAGCGGAGAGAAGGAUCAUAUCUGACAGCGACGUGUCUGAGGACAGACGAGAGACUAUUCACCAGACAGCCGAACUGCCCAAACCACUGAGAAAUUACGUUAAGACCCGAUAUCAAGGGAAAUGACAGAAACAUAUCUCCGGUUCCGGCCGAGCCUCUCUGGGGCCCCAACCGCGAUUUCUUUCCUCAAUCAGAUACGGACGGGUAAAGGUGCGAAAAUUUAAUAGCAGUUUAAUAAAACUACAAAUUUAUCCGUCUAGAAAAUGGAAAUAUAGAAAAAAAAAAAAAAAUUCACUGCUUUUGUAUGUUACUAUCCCAGAUUUUAUCCAUGGUGCUGCAUCAUCUCACGCCAAACACCAAAUUUAAUUUCAGUUUAACCGAAGAUUAUUGGUACAGACAGCUGCAGUGAUUUAAGCAAACAGGUAGCGGGAUGACUGACAAGUCUGAUCAAAAAACUGGUUUUUGACUCAUGUAACUUUUGUUUCAAUUCCAAAAGGUGUGAGGCGAACCCAAAAUUCAUGCUCGUAAAAUUCUUACAGAGCACGACCUACGUUUACAUUGAAAUUGAAAAAUUUAAUAUUGCACCCAUAUUUGGAAUUGCGUUCCUAAAGUUUGUUUUAAUUCUAAACUUCAGUGUCAAAAAUACCUAAAUACUAAAAUCGGUUGCCAUAAUUUUAUUUUAUGUUUUUUUUAAUAUAGAGUUCCCAAAAUUAAAUGUCAACCCGAUCGAACUUCUAUUAGUGAAUAAAGGUUUUCUCCCACGAUUAUCUUCAGGGCACUGCACCAUAUUUUGUGUUAUAAACCCCAAAUUUUGAUAUUGAUUUUUAGUAUAGUGUCUACAUAUCAACUGGUAGUUUGAUUCGGGGCGAUUCCCCCAAAAUGGUGGGACAUCUUGAAAAUAGAAAGCGUGACAUUAAAAACAUAAUUAAGACAAUGAACGGGAAUGCCGCUCGAGUUUAAAUUUGGGUUCUUCUGGGGGCCCUCGUGGCUGUUUGUCUUGCACUCACGACUACUGAAGAGAAAAUAGUUGUGAGGCCAUUUUCUGAAGCGUCGUGUCUGCUGGUUCUGUCACAGCCAACUUAUCUACCAGGAUUUAGUUGUCGCCAUUUUCCAUCCGUCUACAGAAGAGUUGACUCGAAGGGCAAAAAGAAAGAUCCACAUUUCUGACUUCCUUGAAGAAUGGAGAGAAUGUCUACUGAACAGACGAGAGUGGUCGACCUCCUUUAACCCAAAGUUUUAUACUCCAUUCAGGAUGUACAGGGUGUCGUCAAAAUAAGAGCACAGCAAAAGGUUUGGCUGAGAGUUGGAAAACAAACAGCAUUUUCUUUUUGGUCCGUUCCCCAAACAGAGGACAGGAUAAAAAGUCCAAUGUGAUACACGUUUUCCCAUAUUUAUACAAACAUAUAUUUAAUUUACUGCCAGCGCCCGUCUUCUAUCAUCAGAGCUGCCAAUGGCAGGAAACGCCAGUUAAACACCCAACAUUUACUCUCAGUCAACAAGCUGUUAGACUUUUUUGUUGAAAUUUUUUCUGGGGCGCAGCCUUACUUUGCAAAUACAGUUUGCUACAAAAAAAAGUUUUGUUUUAGUUGAUUUUAAAUAAACUACAUUUCUCUAAUAGAAAAGUGUUUAAGCUUAAGAAACAGCCUCACGAGAUCUUUAGCUGAAUAAAACAGUAUGAAUUUGAUGUAGUUAUUAACUGUGGAUUCAUCACAACUGUAAUUGCAACCUAAUAAAGAAAAAGUGUUGCUGCCGUUUCCGUUAUUUUGAUGACACCUUGUAUGUAAUUUGUAGAAAAAUUUAAGAUAUUAACGAAUGUUUGUAAAAAGGCUGUUGGACACUUCAGUGUUGACUUGUAAAAAUGACUCGUCAUUGUGGCCUUGUGGUUCAAACACCUGAAGUGUUUACCUGUUUGCCGUCUCAGAUCCUCAGAGGUUUGGUACUUUGGUUUGGUCGCCACUCGAUCUGAAAUUGGUUACAUUUCACUCUUAGAUAUCAAAUGUACUGUACAUACUACUACUACUACUGCUUAAUUGUUCUGUUUCUACUCGUCAUUACAAAAUAAUUCUUGUGGAAAUGUUGCUUUAGAGGUUUGUUUUUUUAAAAGUCGUUGUAUAUGUGAAUCAUUACCUGAGCCAGAAGCUAAGUUCUCUCAUCAGUGGUUUGGUUUCUUGGGGCUUCGGCUGAACAGACGUUUGGAAACUCGUCUUUGGCCGGAGAAACGCACUUUGAUACAACUGCCAAAAAAAAGGAAAAACAAAAAA